AUGACGACAUAUAAACAUACAGAAAAAUAUGAUUUAUCUGAUGAGCAUUAUGAUGAAUAUGAUAAUGCAUUAGAUGAUUUAGCUGAUCGAAUUAAUUCACUUAAUGAUCGAUUAACAACAUCAAAUAUUGAAAAUAUGAUUAGUGAAUCACGUCAAAAACUAGACAAAUGGCGUUCAGAUUGUUAUCAUUUAAUUGAUCAAUUUUAUGAACAAAAAUGUCGAGAAUUUGAUCGACAUGUUGCUGAAAUUAUUGAUAAACAUCGUAAAGAAAUUAAUCGAAUACGAUCAAAUACAGCUACACUUAUUCAUAAACAAGAUAUUUUACCUAGAGAUAUUGAUUAUAUAACAACAAUUAUUAGUCAACUUGAACACGAUAUAAAUGAAAUAAAAGAAAAAUAUUUUCACAUUAAUAUUCAUUCAUUAGAAAUAAAUGAUAAUUUAAUUGAAAUUAAAAGAACAACAAAUAUAUGUAAUUCAACUGUUAUAUCACCACCUUAUAAAACAAUGAAUUAUCUUGAUGAUAGUUCAAAAAUUUUAUGUACUAAUGAACGUUAUUUACUUGUACAUCUUAAUUCAAAUUUAUGCUUAUUAGAUAAAGAUUUAAAUAUUAUUAAAGAAAAAUUUUGGACACAAGGUUACAUUAUAGAUAUAUGUUGGUCAUUAACAUUAGCACGUUUUCUUGUUUUAACACGUAAUUAUUUAUAUCUUAUUGAUGAAAGUACAAUGUCAAUAGUACGUAUACAAAAAGUUCCGAAAUUAUCUUGGUGGUCAUGUACAUGUUCUGAUACAUAUUUAUAUGUAACAACAAAAGAUUGGGGUUCAAAUAUAUAUCAAUUUACAUUAUGGCCAUCAAUUCAAUUAGCAAAACGUUGGCAAUCACCACAAACAUGUAAACAAAAUGAAACAAUAAAUAAUAUAAUAUAUAAUAAAGAAAAAUUAGCUUUAUUGAUUUAUAAUCGUUUAACAGAAAGUCAAAUAAUUGAAUUACGAAUAUCAACAACAUUUGAUUGUUUAUGGUCACUUAAUCUUGAUAUUGAUUAUGAUUCUCGAUCAAUUCGUUGUUGUUUACUUAAUAAUGAUGAAUGGCUUGUUAUUGAUUGGAAUACAUCAAAUCUUUAUCAUAUAUCAAAUGAUGGAAAAUUAAAAUCAACAUGUGAUUAUAAUUCAUCACCAUCUUGUGCUACGAUGUUUGGUACAAAUAUGUUAGUUAUAUCAACUAUUGAUGGAAUUAAUUUACAUAAACUAUAA